AUGGAUAGUUUCGAGAAGUCUCUGGAAGAAGUUCUUGAUAGAUACAACGACAUUUUACAGGUAAGUGAAUUCCCUCUAACUCUAGGAAUAUAA